AUGCCAAGAACUCAAUCUCCUAUUGUCCUCUCACAGCAGAAGAAGGUUCACUUAGACAAGGCAGAGGUCAUGGUCCUCAGGGACCAUCUAGAGGACUGGAGGUCGGUGAAAGCUCAGAAAAAGGUUUACAAGCAAUGGUUGCAAAAUCAAUCUCGACGGAAAAAAAAUGCAAAGCCCUUCAUCAAGUAUGGCAGACGUUGGACGGCGAGGAAAGUCCUGAUUCAGACUCAUAAACACCUCAUUCGAGAGGAGACCGGGGAGAUAGCUGGAAGUGAGGAGAUGAUAAGCAAGUGGCAAAGGGCGGCAAAGUCAGUGAUCAAUGGUUUGUCGGGGGAGGAGAGGGAACAGGUGGCAGUCACAGUGGAGAAAUGGAACAAUCAAGUGGCACCGCCGGACGUUCAAGCCGAGGUUGCCGAGAGCAAGGGCGCCGAGAUGAUUGAGCAUUUCGCCACUGAAAUGUUCAAGCAAGCUGGAAUGAGGGUCUGUGUGCUGUCUGCAUGGAACAACAGCAAAUGGAAGCUCAUGUUAGGAGGUCAUGACUUCAAUGAACAGUUUGCAAAUGGCGAGAGCUUCAUCAAGACCAGGGAUUGGGACAGCAUUUUUAUGCCAGAAUGGGCAGAAUAUGCUGGGGAGCAAUUCGAUGCGGAGGAUGGGGAAGAGCCCCAGAUGAUAAAGUCAAAGAAGCAGCAGCCCCAGAAGCUUAUUGAACUCGAGGAGGACGCCGAUGGAUGGCCAAUGCUGCCGGACACAACAGGAUGGAAUCGUGCCAAGCAACAGCACUUAAUUCGAUCUUUCCUUAUGAAACUAUACAGGACAUGUGGUGGGGAAGACACCUUCAACACAAAGUGGCCUGCCGGUGUGCAGUUCAAGGAACCCUCUAAGAUGGACAUAUCAGAUGCAAGUGCCUUGCUACAAUUCUGGUUUGCCCGGCAAGAACAAAAUAUUCAACCAGCCUUUUCAUUCAUGGCGUGGCAAGAUUCUGAUUCAGAAAUCUGUGAGGCAGUUGUGUCACCAGCACACCAGGAGGCUGCCAUGAAUGGAAACCGCACUCAGUGGAAACAACAAAAAGGCAAGCACAAAGGGACUGCUGGACCAUCUCGCCGGGCCGCUGAGGAUGGCAGUUCGGAGGAUGAGUUAUAUGGCGAUGAUGGUGACUCAUCUAGUGAUGAUGUUGGACUGCUUUUCACUGCCAGGAGGAAAGAUGUGACACCAUCACGGCAGGCCACACUCCCGGCGACCAAGCGUCACAAGAUCAAGUUGAACACUGCUCUGCCAUGGCGAAGUGCUCAGCAGCUAUCGGCCGCCGUCGGCAAUGUACCAAAACCAUCUGUGGCCAUGUACGGCAAUACUAAGGAGCCUGCCAGGUCUCAGAAGAAGGCCAUAAAACAGCCAUCUACAUCAUUGGGUGCUGUCAUGAGAAGCAAGGAGGUCACACAUGCCGCUGAUGAUCAGCCCAGGGGAUCAAAACGCCGUGCCCCUGAGGCUGUUAGGGAUACUCCGGCGAAGAGAACUAGGAGCAAGACAUUUGCGCCAGAAGCAUCUUUGGGUAAACACGGCAAGAAGUGA